AUGAGCAAGACCCAGACCCCAGCCCGCCGCCUCCUCAUCUUCCAGGAGGCGCGCAACCCACAGAACACGGCGGAGAUCGUCUACCUCCCCGUCAACAAACUGGGACUCCCAAUCUGCGGCGACGGGCCCGAGCUGCCCUCCAUCCUGGAACUACCACUACGCAUUCUGAAGGUGUUUACUGAAAUUUUCAACCAGCCCAAAUAUAAAGGAUGGGCUGUUCUCGGAGCCGGUCCGUACCAUGAUACCUCGGAGGAGGGCAAGUUCUAUGCUGUUGUGCUUGAGUCAACGCAGACGUCUGGAGGACAGGGGCAGGUGCAGGCACAGCCGGAGGUUAAUAUGCAGACGCCUUGA